CUCCAAGAGGCCAACGCUCGUCUGGAAGCUGAACUGGCCGAAAUGGAGCUGGCCCCCGUCCAGAGAAAGAUCGAAGCUCGCUCCUCCGAUGACUCCUUCACCGGCCUUGUACGGACGCUCUACUUUGCUGACACUUUCCUCUCUGACAGUUCACAUAACACGCCAUCUCUGUGGGCGGGGACUAACGGCGGCUGUGUGUUUGCGUACAUGCUCCGUCUUCCUGCUGCAGAGCAAAGAGCAAAUGAACCUGUGACUGCUCACCCUUCCAAAGAGAUCCAGCUGAUGCACCGUGCCCCUGUUGUUGGGGUCGUUGUGUUGGACGGUCAUGGGGCUCCUCUCCCCGAGCCUCUGGAGGUGGCACAUGACCUGGCUCGCUCGCCUGAGAUGCACGGCUCACACCACCUGGUGGUUGUAUCUGAGGAGCAGUUUAAGGUGUUCACGCUGCCAAAGGUGAGCUCCAAGAUGAAGCUGAAGCUGACGGCUGUGGAUGGCUCCAGGGUUCGGAGGGUGGGGGUAGCCUGGUUUGGCAGCAACCGUAACGAAGACUACAGCGAGAGCGGUCUGGUCUUUCUGACCAAUCAGGGUGACGUGCACGUGGUGUCGCUGCCACAUGUGAAGAUGCAGGUUCAGUACCCAUGUAUCCGGCGGGAGGACGUGAGCGGAAUCGCCUCGUGUGUCUUCACUAAGCAUGGCCAGGGAUUCUAUCUGAUCUCACCAUCGGAGUUUGAACGCUUCUCCCUGUCCACACGCUUCUUGGUGGAGCCUCGCUGUCUGGUGGAGGCGCCGCAUCAUUUAGGCACAUCUAACCAGCAUCGUGCAGAACAUGAUGGAUCUACAUCUGCCCACAGAACCGCUCAGCACAGUGAGAAUACUGAAAGUGCAGCUAGAUGCGUUAUGGAGCAUGCGUUGCUGAAUGAUGAGAAGGUUCUUCAGGAGAUCCAGAAGUCACUAGAAGGUGACCAGACGUCAUUCCUGGAGAAUAAUGUGAAGAACGCUGUAGCUUGACGGCAAAAUGUAAGAAAACCAACUUAAAAAUGUACAUGAAGAGUUCUGCAGUCCCGCAGCAUCAUUCACCAACUGCACGACCACUACUGACACCCCCCCCCCACCCCCGACCACACCCAAAUUCCCAAGCACCUCUUCCUGCAGCACAGAUGGAUACCAAAGGCUCAGAGAAGUGCCGACUAACUGAUGGAGGUAAACCAAGGAAGCACCGCCUGUGCCUGAGGACCACUCACUGUCGCCCCUCCAUGGUCAUGGUACAUUAAACCCAAAGCUACGUGAAGUAGCUGCUGUCAGCUGCUCGCCCUAAAUGCCACGUGUGGAA